AAGGAACCACUCUUGGCCUUUGCAUUCAACCUCGACCGGGUUCUACUUCUCAUAGUCGCCCUUCCAGCCUCACGGAUACCCUUCAAGACUUCUCAAGGAUAAUUAGAUAUUCACGAAAAAUAACAACGACGUGAAUUGGAGUAAUAGAAGUUGACUAACAACUAAUGACUUCCUCAACGCUGGUUGCAAUAUCUAAUUAUUUCCGUCCGACGCGUGGAGAGGCUCUGGUUCGCGUUCGCGUCAACGCUUUAUGUUUGUUGAGCAUUUGCAUCGCGACAUACCUGCUUCCACUUCCAUCUAUACCGUCAUCUAUACUCGCUGUGACAUCAAAUAGCCAUGGAGAUGGCGACGUUCCGUUAGGUUGGUGGACGUGGGGAAUAUCUUUGUUUGAGGUUAUCAUCACCGCAUUGUGUUCGUACAACAUAGUGGAAGGACUAUACGCUAUCAAGUAUCCAAGGGCACCUAUACCCCCCGCUCAUUUGUCGCCACUGAAGCAAAAACAAGGCUUGGUCAUGUCGCCUUCGCCUACGAAACGACCGAGUAGCAUCAUCUCCCCCAACGCAACUCCGUCCAAAAUCUUUACCACCACUCCUUCGAAAUCACUUUCUUUCUCCACAGGAUCCGUUGGACAAUCAACCCCAGGAAAAUACAUGGCUUCUCCUUGGACUACCCCUUCGCGGAUAGUGCGCUAUAACAUGCCUCCUCAGCCAUCUUCUACCACCUCGGCGGCUACUAACGCUUCGUCUACUUCGACCAUGCCUCCGACUCCCAGUCCGGUAGUUGCUGCGUACCGAGGCAAACAGGCUUCGAUGUCAGCAGGACGUCCAAUUGAUGGUCUCUAUCUGAGCCAGUUGGCAGGUCGUGAGGAAGAUGAAGAAGAAGAGGAUUAGCGGUUGGGAGGGAAGAUAUCAACCAGUCGAGAUUUUUUUUUCAAUGACCGUCAAGGAGUUCUCGUUCAAGAUGCUAUUGUAUUAUUAUGCUGCAAUUCAUAUUGUGGUUCUAUUCCUUUCCCGUUUCA